AUGAAAAUGUUUGGCUUUGUCAUUAACAACUGGGUUACUGUUAAGUUUGGUCGAUCCAAGGGGAACAACGCGGACACCUCGGAUCGGCACCGCCAAGAAAAGAGCCCUCAACUUCAUGGCCUGCCGCCCUCGUACGAGUCUCUACAAUGGAAAGACGAGAUGAAGGUACCAUGCAUCCCAUCAGCUACCCAUCUCUCAACCCAUAGUUCCAAGAAAAGUUUUCCGAUCCCUGCCCGACCCUUCCCCAAGGAUUGGGAAACCAGCGUUGGCCCCCAAAAUGGCUUCCUGAAAUCGAGCGGCUACUCGACUACUAUUAACGAAAAUAAUGAACGAAGAUCAUGA